AUGGUCGAUUUCGCCGAACUGAAAGCAAAAGCAUCCAAGGCCAAGGACGCAGGCGUCACCAAGCUCUCCAACACCAAAGAUCGCUACACGAGUGUUCCAUCGUCAAAGACAAACUGGGACCCGAAUUGGAAGGCAGCCCCUCCUCCUCCUCCGGCAUCGCGUUCGACCGGCAGUGUCACUGCUGCUGCUGCUCCACGCGGCCCUCCGCCUCUCCCGCCGCCCCAGAGACCUCACUUGGGGGCUGGUGGUAGUAGCUCGCAUGGACCGCCCCCUGUGCGACGUCAAAACCGCCCCGAUGAUGCUCCCUCUCCCUCCCCUCCUCCCCCUCCAGCCCGAGCACCAGUGCAGCAUAGUUACAACCCACAAAGCUAUGCAAAAACCGAGAGGACGGAGGAGAUUGACUGGGCCAACCUCUCGUCGGAGGAUAAAGAUGUGUUUUUUGCUUGGCUAGAUGAAUUCUUCUCUCGCUUUCUCAAUAUCACCUUACCCCCGAGAGGGCAGGGCCCAGCGCCCCCGCCGACGUCGCGCGUACCCCACAUAUCAGUGACUAACCAUCCCGGCCCCCCAUCUCAAGCCCAGAGUCAACAUCAGCUCCAGGCCAGCUCUGCCGUCCUGAUAGGUGGAGUUGUUGUUAGCGGACGAGGACGAGGACGAGGACUCGGGGCGGUGGUUGUAUUUUACGUGGUGUGGCAUAGAAAUUUGAAAGGCGAUGUUGCUGUUUGCGCUCGACUUGAUUUUGACCCCACGAUGUCUGAAUAUCGUUGGUAUCCUUUCACAACCGUGCACACCCUGGACAGAGGUAUCCCAAUCUAA